AUGUGUUUGUGUGCCACAUCAAAGCUUCUUGUCAACUAUCCAGAGAAACAGAGAAAUGAAAUUCUGGAUUACCUUUUCAAGCCUAAUUUUGGUGCCUCCCUUCAAAUUCUUAAAGUCGAAAUUGGUGGUGAUGCACAAAGUACAGAUGGCACAGAAGCUUCCCAUAUGCAUGACAGCUGGGAGGAAAAUUAUAACCGAGGAUAUGAAUGGUGGCUAAUAAAAGAAGCUAAAAAGAGGAAUCCAGAUAUUAAAAUUUAUGCCCUCCCCUGGGCAUUUCCUUAUUGGAUAGGGAAUGGCACCAACUCUCCUUAUACAACCCCUCAGCGUACAGCAGAUUACAUCAUCAAAUGGAUUGAAGGGGCCAAGAAGUUUCACAAUAUAACCACUGAUUAUGUUGGGAUCUGGAAUGAAAGGUCUUACUCAAUAGAUUACAUAAAGAUUUUGCGAAAUACCUUGUGCAUGAAGAAAUUGGAACAUGUCAAGAUAGUGGCGUCAGAUGGAGGUUGGAACAUUGCAAAGGAUAUGUUGAAAGAUUCCAUAUUAAAAUUAUCCGUUUCUAUUAUUGGAGUCCACUAUCCUGGGACAGUCACAACUAAAGAUGCCUUGGCUACAGAAUCUCCCUUAUGGUCAUCAGAAGACUACAGCACUUACAAUAAUGAAGUUGGAGCUGGAUGUUGGGCCAGGAUCCUGAAUCAGAAUUAUGUAAAUGGCUUCAUGACAAGCACAAUUUCUUGGAAUCUAAUUGCCAGUUAUUAUCCUUCUCUGCCUUUUAAUCGAUGUGGACUGAUGACUGCCAAUGAACCCUGGAGUGGGUAUUAUCGUGUGGAUUCACCUAUCUGGAUUACAGCGCACACCACACACUUCACAAAAAUUGGUUGGCAUUAUUUGGCUCACGGCCAUGGAGUGGGAAAAUUUAAAAAGGGUGGCAGUUAUGUUGCUUUGACCAGUCCGAAAUCUGACCAACUGACCAUUAUUAUUGAAACCAUGAGCCAUGACCAUUCUUAUUGCAUCCGUCCACAGUUGCCGAAAUAUAACGUUGAACCACAAAAUAUCACAAUUCAACUGAAUGGCUCCUUUACUUCCAUCAAGCAACUUCAAGUAUGGUACAGUCAUUUAAAUUUCCAAGGUCAACCAUUUGUACUCUUCAAGAAAUUGUCAGCAAUUCCAGUCCGCAAUGGGAGCUUCAGUCUUUCUCUUGGUGUAGAUGAAGUCAUUACGUUGACCACAAUUGAUGUCGAGCAAGAAAAACCUUUUUCAAAUAUUCCACCUUCAGCUUCUUUCCCAGCGGAAUAUUUUGAUAACUUUGAGAAUUAUUCUUUGUAUGCAGAACCUUAUAAUUUUGCUCCUCAAACGGGAUCGUUUGAAGUUGUUCAAGUUGAGAAGCCGUAUAACAAAGUGAUGAGACAAACCGUUUUGCACACACCUGUAAUGUGGUGCUUGGCUGACUUUAUCAACAAAUCCGUUAACAUCAUCGGAAAUGCUAAUAAACGCUUGGACGUUUUUGUUUCGGUCGAAGCUCGUGUUGGAAGUGUGAACGGGACAAAUGAGAUCUUUGUCGCCUCUCGUGUUAGUCAACUUGGCUGCAACACAAUUUCUGCCCAUGGCAACUUCUUUUUCCUUAAUCCUCUAAAGAAAACCUUUGUCCUUUCUGCCGAUCUUGCCCAGUCAAAAAUAAUUAAGAAAGGAAUAGUGCCCUCCGCAAAGCCUGGAUGGAACCAGAUAUCAUUUUUUACAAAAGAUAAUGUCUUGAUUGGUGUAGUUAAUCACGAAAUGGUGUUUAAUGUUAAUAGUUCGUUGAUUGUAAUGAAACCUGGAUUUGUGGCUGUGGGAACUUCACCUUUUGGCUUGGCAGAUUUUGAUAACUUUUUAUUGAAAACCACUGAAAACAAAUAA